GGAAGCUGACAACUCUAAGCCUGAACAAAAGUUUCAGAGAACUCAAAGCUUGCACACUACCAUUAUUUUGGUUGGCCUUGAUGAAAUGCGCUAUAUGACUUUUGCAGCACAAGAUUAUACAGCUCGUCUGCGACCAGCAGAGGGCUCCGUUUAUUUCCCAACAAGGAAGGAAGACCAUCGAGUCCCUCUCUACCCUAUUCGGCUACUGAGUCCUACGGCCGAGCUUUAGAAAUCCUACGCUCAAAAGUCUGGAAUGGACACUGAAUGGUAGCUGGAUCCGCUGCCUGCCCUUCUGAAAGCGAGGCAGGAAGCAGUGGCGCUGGGCUUCCUGCCGCAUACACGAUGCCCGACCGAGAUGUGGAUGAAAUGUUGACCCCAGGCAAAGAAGUUAAACAGCAAGACCUCAUGGAGGAAGGCAAGGCCAGGUAUUCCCCCCGCUUGAAGGGCCUUUUGGAACUAAGCAAAACUGGAGUGUCAGGAGAACAUAUACUCAAGAGAAAAAACACAUGCACUGAUUGUGGGAAGACAUUUUGUCGCCGUUCUGACCUUGUUCGGCACCAGAAGCUCCACUCGGGAGACAGACCUUUUGCCUGUACCAAGUGUGAGAAAAGUUUUGUUCAGAGCACCCACCUCAUUGCACAUCAAAAAAGCCAUACAAAAGAGAAGCCCUACAUCUGCCCUCACUGUGGGAGAAGCUUCAACCAAAUAUUAAAUUUCACUAGGCACCAGAGGACCCACUCAACGGAGCCACCGUUCAAAUGCAGUGACUGUGGGAAGACUUUCAGCCGCAGCUCCAAUCUUAUAAUGCACCAAAGGGCACACACAGGAGAACGGCCUUACAAAUGCUUGGACUGCGGAAAUAGUUUCAGCAGGAGUUCAACUCUUAUAACACACCAGCGGACCCACACAGGUGAGAAGCCCUAUAAAUGUCAGGAUUGCUGGAAAAGCUUUAGCAGGCGUUCUACUCUUAUUAUGCAUCAGAGAAUUCACACAGGGGAGAAGCCUUAUCAGUGCCCUGACUGUCCUGAAAGCUUCAGUGUGAAAUCAGGUCUUCUAAGUCAUCAGAGAAUCCACAUGACUGAAAAACCCUAUCAGUGCCUAGAGUGUGGCAAAAACUUCUGUCGGAGUGCAGAUCUCAUUAUUCACCAGAGAAUUCAUACAGGGGAAAAACCAUAUAAAUGCAGUGAGUGUGGGAAAAAAUUCAAUACAAAUUCACACUUGGUUACACAUCUGAGGAUCCACACAGGAGAAAAACCUUACAAGUGUCCUGAGUGUGGAAAAAGUUUUUCUUACAGCUCAGUACUUGUUGGACACCAGAGAGUCCACACGGGGGAGAAGCCUUAUGUCUGUGCUGAGUGUGGGAAAACCUUCCGUAACAAUUCACAUCUUAUUACACACCAGAGAGUCCACACGGGGGAGAAGCCUUAUGAGUGCCAUGAAUGCGGAAGAAGUUUCAGCGUGAGUUCAAACCUUAUUAAGCAUCGAAAACUCCAUGAACGAGAACGAGAUGCGUCACUUUCAAGUUCUGAAUGAAAACAGCAGCCACUGAUGUUCGUCCUUAACAAAUUUCUUGUGGCUCAUUAUCUGGAAAUAGGAUCCAUAUUCUAGGAAGGCUUAGUUGAAUAUCAGAUUUAUUCGCAAGAAAGAAUGGCUGAAACAGAUGUAAACUCAAAACAACAAACUAUGUAUGCAAAGUCUAAUAGAGAAGGAUCUAGUUUUGGGAAAUCCUGAUGAAUAAAUGGGCUUGGCAGAGUAGGGGAGUGAUCUGUAGUACUCUGUUUACCUGAAAGGAAGAAAGGGUCCUUCUUUCUACAUGUGUCAUCAGGAGAUGGGAGAAAGUUUUAAAUUCGUGUACAAGUCAAGACUUUUUGAAUUACUGUAUAUAAUUUUAUGACCUUUUUGAGGGGAUAGUCAUUUUCAGAAUUGCCUGUCAGAUAAGUAUAGUAAAUUCAAAUUAUCUACAAAGGAAAAAAACACACUAUCUCAGAACAAGUUAUGCAAAUUAAGUAUAUUUUGUUCUGUUUAAAACUAUUAUUGUGACAAGGAGCAAAAUAAGAGAGUAGAAAGGAGGGGAGCAGGGGAAGGCACGGGGUGCCAGAGUGCAACACAGAUUGGUGAUAAGGUCAUCGCACACUGAUAAAUCUCUAGUACUAAAGCUGGUUAACAGUUGAGCAAAACCAAAUGGGAGCAGAACAGCUUUAAGAGUCUCAAACAAUUCCUUUCCAGGCUGUGCUGCCUCUCCUACAGCAGGUUUCACUGGAUUGCUUGAAGUUCCUUCCCCAGGCUUCAGCCCCCAAAUCCCCCGAUAUUUCCCAACCUAGGAUUGGAAUCCCUGGAUUAUUUGCCAGUGAAGAGGAAGGCCUUUUGACAAAAAAGCACAUAAGGCCCUGCACAAGGAGGAAGGGUGUUUACUCCCUGAAACUGAGAGUGAGGCUGCUUUUGAAGGGAGCUGAUCCCUUACCCCAAGGUUGUGGUUGGGCUGCCAAUCUCCAGGUGAAGCCUGAAGUUCUCCCAGAAUCACAACUGAUCUCUAGACUACAGAGAUCAGUUAAUCUCGAGGCAAUUUUAGAGAGCACACUAUGGCAUCCAACUUCUACAUAUUCCAGGAAUUUCCCAGGCUGGAAUUGGCAACACUAGCUAUGGUGAGUCUCUUCUGGUCUCCAUCAGGUAUUGAAGCAGGGACUGGAAUCCAGCUGGAUAGUAACACUUGUGAACUUCUUUUCCAGUCAGUUGAUUUUUCUCUCUCUCCCCCAUGGUACACCCUGUGUUAAUGUGCCUUAUGUUGUAACUGUUCUUUUACUUCAUCCAUUGUCACACUAUUUAAUAAAUUUGUCUUUUUUGUUC